GCAUGAAGGAUGUUGGUUCAACUAUAAGGAACUGUAGCAAUGACUAUGAGUAUGACGCACUGAAUUUUAGCUAAUUUUAGUGGGAAAUAAACGCUGUUGCUCUAAAUGGGCGCCAUUUAUUCUGGCUGCUGUCCUAUUCAUGAAACUACUGAGGAGAAAGAUUGUAUAUUAAGGACCAGUAUGUCAAGUGGCAGUGAGACUGCAGUGGCUCAUGAGCUCCAGGACAGCAGAUCUGGACCUGAGAAGGAGGGGAGGACCUGGAGCAGCACUCAAACCUCCAUCUGCACCACUGAGGGGGAAUCAGAUGCCGAAUUACACGCAUUCAUCAAGAUGAGAAACAAAGUGGACAAAGAUACUGAGGAAUGGGAAAAACUGAACUAUGAUAUCCACACUCUGAAGUAUGCUCGUAAAGAAGUUUGUACACGUUGGAAGAAGAUCUUGCUUCAGCUGGGUUACCAGAGGGAGGCGGACUCCUUACUGACAGUGAACAGACAGACCAUUCUGAGUGACUGGGACAAUGUGGAGAAGGCCAGAGAACUGCUGCGAUUACUGUCAGAGGAGACAGGCCUCUUCCCCCGUGGACUCAGCAACAGUGAAAGAUACGUCUUUGUCAUGGACCGACUGGUGUCUUUGGACAGUGCUGAAGACUUUGUGCGGUUGGCCAAAGAGAAAUAUCCAAGAAUUGAGUCUUAAGAUGGACAAGAACUUUUAAGUUGGGGCUCGUUUGCUCUCUUUGAUGCUUCUUCUACAACUAUUUUUAUCAAUAAAUUCAUUGUUGUUUUGUCCUGACGAACAGAGACUAAAGACUUAAGAAUAAUUCUUCCACUUUAACAAUAAUCCAGUUUAAUUAACUGAUUUAAAUGUUAUUUACAUGUGUCUGCUAAACGCAAAAAUGUAAAAUGUAAGUGUAAAUAGAUACAGUACACAUUUUGAUUUAUUUAUUGUAAUUCAUUAUUCAUAUUACAGUAUAAAUUACAAAUAAAGAUGUCUUUUAUUACAAUUAAAUAAAAUUCAUACACUUUAGCUUUUUUUUUUUUCAAACAAGACUG